GGUUGACAAAGGCAUAAUGUGUGCUGAUCACCUGAGCAGGAAUUGGAUUCACUUCAUCAUCAGCUGCCAGUGGAGUCAUGGCAGAGGAGAAAGAGCAGACGAGAGCCUCCUGUGAAGACCUGACACUACCUGAUGAGUAUCCUCCACCACACACAGAGUUGGAUGGAGCUGCCACAGAGGAGAACAGCAAAGAUCAGGAGGUAAAAUGCAGCCCAAACGUACUGCAGAUGCUAAAGGCAGCGGAGAGCAGAUGUACACCUCAAGGUCAGGACAAAGAGGGUGAAGAGGUGACAGAAGACGGGAAAGGAGAGCUUAUCACUGAAGCUCUGAAGACUGACAUGCAAAUCCAGCUGACUGACCAGAAACAAGAAUUCAACAAACGUCCCAUCAAGGCAGGUCGACGCUCACUGUCUCGGUCCAUCUCACAGUCAUCUACAGUUAGCUACAGUUCAGUGUGUAGUGACAGCUCUGAGGAUGGGUCAUCUCCCACAGACAAGGUUCAGAAGACCUCCAAGGGCUCUUCUGACUUUUGCAUCAAAAAUAUCAAACAAGCUGAUUUCGGACGCAAAGAAAUCCGAAUUGCAGAGCAAGAAAUGCCAGCACUGAUGGUCCUGAGGAAAAGAGCAGGAGGGGAGAAGCCUCUGGCUGGAGCUAAAGUGGUGGGCUGCACACACAUCACUGCACAGACAGCAGUACUGAUUGAGACUCUGUCUGCGUUGGGGGCUCAGUGUCGCUGGGCGGCCUGUAACAUCUUCUCCACUCAGAACACUGUGGCUGCAGCUCUGGUUGAAGCAGGCACUCCAGUGUUUGCGUGGCGGGGAGAGUCAGAGGAAGACUUCUGGUGGUGUAUUGAGCGAUCUAUCGGAACUGAUUCCUGGCAACCCAACAUGAUUCUGGACGAUGGUGGUGACCUGACCCACUGGAUCUAUAAGAAGUACCCGAGCCGGUUCAAACGGAUCAAAGGCAUCGUGGAGGAAAGUGUUACAGGAGUCUAUCGGUUGUACCAGCUGUCAAAAGCAGGCCGGCUAUGUAUUCCUGCUAUGAACGUUAAUGACUCAGUGACCAAACAGAAGUUUGACAACCUGUACUGCUGCAAAGAGUCCAUACUGGAUGGGCUGAAGCGAACCACUGAUGUUAUGCUUGGUGGAAAACAGGUGGCAGUGUGCGGAUAUGGUGAGGUUGGCAAAGGCUGCUGUGCUGCCCUGAAGGCAUUGGGCGCUGUUGUGUAUGUCACAGAGGUGGAUCCCAUUUGUGCCCUUCAGGCCAGCAUGGACGGCUUCAGAGUUAUCAAACUGAGUGAAGUGGUCAUACAGGUAGACAUGGUCAUCACCUGCACAGGCAAUAAAAAUGUGGUUGGGAGGAAACAUCUGGACAGAAUGAAGAAUGGUUGCAUUGUCUGCAACAUGGGACACUCCAACACAGAGAUAGACCUGGCAAGUCUGCGGGCUGGUGAGCUGAGGUGGGAGCGUGUGAGGUCUCAGGUGGACCAUGUUAUAUGGCCUGAUGGCAAAAGAAUAGUCCUGCUGGCUGAGGGCCGUUUGCUGAAUCUGAGCUGCUCCACAGUGCCCUCAUUCAUCCUCUCUGUCACCGCUACAACUCAGGUGCUGGCUCUCAUAGAGCUGUACAAUGCUCCAGAGGGACGAUACAAACAGGAUGUCUACCUGCUGCCAAAGAAGAUGGAUGAAUAUGUGGCCAGUCUCCACCUGCCUGCGUUUGAUGCUCACCUCACAGAGCUGACCGAUGAACAGGCCAAGUAUCUAGGCAUCAGCAAACACGGGCCGUUCAAACCCAACUACUACAGGUAA